AUGGUCUUCACUAUAACUGUGGAGGCUCGCUUCGAUCCGAAGGCCUUGCUGGCUCAAGUGACGACGACGGAGGAGGAGAAUGGCGGAGCAAACUACUCGUUGAAGUCGACCACCGCCGCCUGCUGCGACAGCUGCGUGUGCACCAAGUCAAGUCCACCUCAGUGCCAAUGCGGUGACGUUGGACCGACUUGCCACUCAGCUUGCAAGAACUGUAUCUGCACAUACUCAAUGCCUCCACACUGUGUCUCUGCUGAUACCACCAACUUCUGCUAUGAUCCUUGCUCAUCCUCCUCUUCUGCUAAACCCAUACCUGCGCAUUAA